AUGAUGAUGAGGAUGAAGAGGACCAAUUCUUUCAAGAAAGUGAAAACGACUUUACCUUCUACAAGUAGCGGUGCAAAUGAGGUGGCAGGACCCCUUUCUCAUGUAAUUGAAGGAGAAAUAGAAGAAGUUAAUGACAAUGACAUUGAGAGAGAAGAGGAUGAAGAAGUUGAUGAUAACUUAGAUGAUUCAUCCGAAGAUGAUAUUGAAGAUGAAAACAUAUGUGAUGAUAAUUCUGAUGAUGAGGUUAUUUUUUUACUAACGGCGCAACGAGGAGCCCGUGGUGGUGGUUGCAGUGGUAGUCACAUUAGUGGUCGUGAUGCUGGAGAUAGAAAUGCAUCCCAAUCAUACAAUGAUGCAGAAAGUCAACCUUCUUCUUCAGUUAGAGGAUCAAACAACUUAGAACAAGUUCCAAGUAACCCAUCAAAAAGGAAGUUCAUUGAAGUCGAUUCUGAAAAGGAAUUUACGGAUCAAAUUUCAGUGAUUAGAGUCAUCACAUGUAUACUAAAGACGAUGUUUGACGGCCCAUGGACCUCAUGGAAGAAGGUUGACAAAGAACAUCGUGAUGCAAUGUGGGAACACUUCAAGGGUUUGUAUGUUUGGCCCGAAGAGACUGAUGUUCUUGCUCGCAAGGUAUGGGAAGACUGUAUGAAGAAACGAUUUCCUAAUGUAAUGCGAAGAUCACGUGAAGCAUCUUUAAAACUUGCCAAAGCUGCAAAUGCGAAUGCCUCACUAGAAGGUGAUUUAAAUUUGCUAAAGGACUAUCGCCCAAAUUGGAUAAAAAAGGAGUAUUGGGAAAAAGUGAUCAAUGAAGUGUGGACCACAUCCAAAUGGAAAUGUUUAUCACAAUCAGGGAAAAAUAACAGAAAUAAAUUAGAAGAUGGCUCUGUUUCCAAACAUACCGGGGGUUCUAUAUCUAUUCGUCAACAUAAGAAAAGAAUGGAGUUGAACUUUAUGCAAGGUUGCACACUAAACGGUCUACUCAAGAGUACAUUACACCAAAGGCAGCUAAAGCUAAGGAGGCUUAUGAAAGUGAUAUGGUGGCUAAGUUUGGUGAUGGUACUAGUUGACACCCCCUCUUGGAUAAUGAAACAUGGUGUGAUGUUUCCGGAGGAAUCAAGAAAGGAAGAAUAUAUGGAUUCGGAUCUGUGUCUGAUCCAGCGAGCUUUCUGGAAGGAACAUCUAGUUGUCUAUGAACGUGUACAAAAUGAGAUGUGUGGCGAAAUGGAUGCUAAAGCUGCAGAAAUGGAAGCUAAAUAUCAACAAAUGCGUGAGGAAAUGGAUGCCAAAGCUGCAGCAAUAGAUGCCAAACAACAACAAAUUGAUGCAAAAUAUGAAGCAAUGGAGAAGAUGUAUGCAGCCUUGCAAAAUAUGAUGGGAAAUUGAAAAGUAGAGGUAAUAUGAUGUUAACCAUUAGUAUUUGAUGUUUUUGAAUGACUUGUUAACCUUUUGUAUUGGAUGUUUUUGAUUGUUUUGAAUAAUGUUUUCUAAAAUGUUAUUUUGAAGGUUAAACUUUUUUCUGUUUGUACCUCUUUUGCAUACUUUGGAUUUCUUGGUUCUAAAAUGUUAUUUUGAAGUUAAACCGUUGGGAGUUUGAUGUUAUGUGGAUAGUUUCGUUUUUGGAUGUUUCUUGAAUGACACUUUGGUAAACUUUGAUAGUUUUGGUAGUGUAAUGCUUGGUUGUAUCAUUAUUUGAUAUUCUUUAGUAUAAUAAUUUGAUGAUUGUAG